UCUCUCUCUCUCUAUCUCGUGCGCGAGGCGAUGCCCGGAGCGGCGGCGGCGGCGGCGGCGGCGGCGGAUGCGGCGGCGAUGGAGCCGGUGGAGCCGCAGUCUCUGAAGAAGCUGAGCCUCAAAUCCCUCAAGCGAGCCCUCGACCUCUUCUCCCCCUCUCGCGCCGCCGCCCACCACACUCCCCCCGACCCGGAAAGCAAGCGGAUUCGGAUCAGCUACAAGCUGCAUGCUGAAUAUGGGGCUGUGAAGAAUAUGCCAAGCGAACAAAUGCAUGAGAAGGGAAAAUCUGGUGCAGAGGGUAAAACGGAUCAGGCCACAAACUCUAACAUAUUAGCUCUCCCAGGAACUGCGGACAGCAGAGUUUUACAGAAAGAUGGGACUCAAGGUGCUAUUGUUCCUGCUACACCUAUGCUUCCAAAGGGACCUGAGCCAACAUUUCCCAGCCGGAAUCCAAGCACUGUUGUAUCAAUUCCUGGGUCCUCUGAGAGGUUCUCGACGUCUGCAUUGAUGGAGAGGAUUCCAAGUAGAUGGCCUCGACCUAUAUGGCACCCACCUUGGAAAAACUAUCGCGUCAUCAGUGGUCACUUGGGAUGGGUGAGGUCUAUUGCGUUUGAUCCUGGCAACCAAUGGUUUUGUACUGGUUCAGCUGACCGUACAAUAAAGAUAUGGGAUGUCGCAACUGGAAAGUUGAAGCUUACACUUACAGGACAUAUUGAGCAAAUACGAGGACUCGCUGUUAGUCAACGGCACACUUAUUUGUUUUCUGCUGGUGAUGACAAACAAGUUAAAUGUUGGGACCUUGAACAGAAUAAGGUUAUCAGGUCUUACCACGGGCAUCUCAGUGGUGUGUAUUGCUUAGCCAUUCAUCCAACAAUUGAUAUUUUGCUAACAGGCGGUCGAGAUUCCGUAUGCCGUGUGUGGGACAUUCGGACGAAAGCAAUGAUUAGUGCUUUAACUGGGCAUGAUAACACUGUUUGUUCGGUUUUCGCUCGUCCUACGGACCCACAAGUCGUAACUGGCUCUCACGACACAACUAUUAAGUUCUGGGAUCUUGUAGCUGGGAAAACAAUGACAACUCUCACACACCAUAAAAAAUCUGUCAGGGCCAUGGCAUUGCAUCCAAGAGAGCAAUCUUUUACUUCAGCAUCAGCAGAUAACAUAAAAAAGUUUAGCCUUCCGAAAGGCGAAUUUCUGCACAAUAUGCUGUCUCAGCAGAAAACUAUAAUAAAUUCAAUGGCUGUUAACGAGGAGGGCGUCUUGGCUACUGGAGGUGACAAUGGGAGCCUCUGGUUCUGGGAUUGGAAGAGCGGCCAUAAUUUCCAGCAAGCUCAGACAAUUGUCCAACCAGGAUCACUGGAUAGCGAAGCAUGUAUUUAUGCUCUUUCAUACGAUGUUAGUGGCACGAGGCUCGUCACGUGUGAAGCGGAUAAAACUAUUAAGAUGUGGAAGGAAGACCCGAAUGCGACGCCAGAAACCCACCCACUCAACUUCAAGCCACCGAAGGAAUUCCGCAGAUACUGACGAUAGCUAGGUUAGUACUUCCUGAUGGUUCUUUUGGUCGAUUUUGAAAGCUGUGUAUGAAAUGUUCUGUUGGGGUUACCUGGGAGAUUGUUCUAUGUUAUGUGAAGAUAAAUGCAAAAUUCGUAGAAAUUUUAGGCUUGUCCUAGCUGUAUGAGUUGAUUAAGAUUAAAAAAAACAAGAAUGUAGUCAUGUACACAUUUUUUCCAAUAUGACUUUUCUUUAACUGUUAUUAUGCUUA